AUGUCCAGCCACAGCGAAUCUCAAUCUGCUGGCCGUCUCGCUGUCAGUCGCUGUCGUCACACAAUUCGCGAUCAUCACUUCUGUCCCCGCACCACUUCUCCGUUGCGCCCGUCCCUUGCGCCGUCCCUUGCGCCCGUCCCUUGCGCCCGUGCGCGCGUCCCUUGCGCGCACCACCUUGCGCCCGCCACCUUGCGCGCGAUGCCUCCAUCUCGUCGCCGCACGCGCCUCCCGUUCCCCGACCGCCACUCCGCGCUGCGCCGCUGCACUUUCGCCGCGGCCCUCUCCUUCGUAGCGCUCUCGCUCUCCGCGCUCCUGCUGCUCCACUCCCCCACGCCUCUCUUCCCCCCGCGCCUCUCCGCCUCUACUCAUUCCGACAUCCUCCACACAUCCCCACUGGCCGCGGGCAUUGCCGCACGCGGAGCGGUGAGCUGGGCGCGGCGGGCAUGGCGGGGGCAAUCGGAGGGGGAAGGCGAGGUCGCGCAGGCAUCGCAGGGAUGGCAGGCGGGCGCGCGGCGGAGGCAGCUGUGGCCGCGCGGGCGUCCGUUUCAGGGGGAAGGGGGGCGGCUGUGGCCGGGGCGGGUGUGGUUGGAUGAGGAGGGGCGGCGCAUCCAGGCGCACGGCGGGGGCGUGCUGUACGUGGCGAGCGAGCGGCGGUACUACUGGUACGGCGAGAACAAGGAGGGCGACACGUACUCGCUCAAAGGCUCGCUGGAACGGGUGGACGUGGUGGGCAUCAGCUGCUACAGCUCGUCGGACCUGCUGCACUGGCAGGCGCACGGGGUGGUGCUGGCGCCCAACACGCACGACCCCGCCAGCGACCUGCACGUGAGCCGCGUGAUGGAGCGCCCCAAGGUGCUCUUCCACGCGCCCUCGCGCCGCUACGUCUUGUGGCUGCACGUCGACGACGCCGCCUACCACCUCGCCAGCACAGGCGUCGCCGUCAGCUCCCAUCCGCACGGCCCCUUCACGUACGUGGGCAGGUUCCGGCCGAACGGGCAGGAGAGUCGGGACAUGACGGUGUUUGGGGACGAGGACGGGGUGGCGUACGUGGUGUACGCCAGUGAGAUGAACGCCGUGCUGCACAUUGCACGCCUCACCCCCGACUACCUUGACGUCGACGGUGGCUUUGUGCGGCGCUUUGUGGGGCGCUCCAGGGAGGCGCCCGCCAUCUUCAAGUAUCAACAACAUUACUUCCUGGUGACGUCAGCAUGCACAGGGUGGGACCCCAAUGAGGCUGAGGUGCAUGUGGCGUCGCACAUGAUGGGUGAGUGGCGCCUGCUGGGCGCACCAUGCUCCAACCACCACCACCAGCACCAGCACCAGCAGCAGCAGCAAAGGUGGCCGUGGCAGGGCGAGUCGGCGCCUGGUGCAUGGGCGCCCUCAUGCAGCAGCACGUUCGAGUCGCAGGGCAUGUUUGUGCUGCCGCUGCCCAACGCCCCGCCCGGCGUGUUUGUGUUUUUAGCAGACCGGUGGAACAAGCACGACCUCGCUGACUCACGCUAUGUGUGGCUGCCCCUGCACCUGCUGGGCAAUGGCAGCACACCCACAGUAUGGGGCCGGCUGAAGGAUAAGGGGAUGGCUUCUCAGCAAGUUGCAGUAAGGGGUGGUGCUGUGACCCAUGCAGUCAUUACAUGGCAUGAGAGCUGGGAACUGCCACAGUCAUGGUUGCAUGAAGCAGAGACUACUACAGGCUAA